AUGUGGGUACACAUGACUCGUUCCCACAAGUUCAACGACAAGGACCACGCCGGCCUGGCCGACGGCACCGUCCUCCCGCAUGAGUCGCUGCCCAAGUUCUUCGCCAAGAACGGCUUUGCUGAUGCCGACCCCAAGAAGACCAAGAAGAAUGGCGGUGGUCGGGCCAACUGGGGCAACGCUGGUGACGAAGUGGUUGACGAAGACUUCAACUUCCACAACGCCCGCCGCCGCUCCAACAGCAGUAGUCUGUCGAGCAAUAUCGAAAACCUCAAGACCAAGUUCGAGGUCAACGAGCCCGAGCCCGUCUUCGAGGAGAACAUGGGCCCCGUGGACGAGGAGGGCAAGACCGAAACCCCGUCGAGCGGCUCUAGCGUCGACGACAACAAGUCUCACAAGGAGUUGUAA